AUGACUGUUAUCCACUCCCUCGCAAUUGUACUAGAGUACCGCUCCUCGACGAAAACCUGGGAAUCACGCCGCUUGGACCUGUUAGGUCAGAAUGUAACCCUACCAGAAGUAUGCUUUAUCUUCCUAGAGUCGAGCGAAUGGUACCAGAAACACUGCUCGGAGGACGACCGCAAGAAGAUAUUAGUGCAGUUUCAUACGCCGGGUAUACUUACCAACGACACUUGCACAUACCUCAAUGGCUACUGCGGUUCUCAAAGCUCUUUUUCCGAAGAUGGUGAUAAGAACAAGCUUGACAGUUUCAGUGCGUCUUCUAUUGUUCUUCAUCAUUAA